AUGCACAAGGGCACUACUUCAUCCGCUGCCUCCAGGUCUGGCUCCCUCCCACCGCUCAACACCAAGACGGACGGGCUCUCUGUCGCCACGUCGCCGUCUCCUCUCCCAAAGUCGGCAUCAGCUCAUCACUCGCAAACGUCGCUCUCGCCAGACUCGUCGUCCCCAGGCGCAGUCGCUGUCGAACCAACGCUUGCCAAGGCGUCGUCUGUGGAAGGCCCAGUCGGCUUGAACUCGAACUCGCGGUCGCCCCUCGCCCGCAGAACCCCGGCAUCCAUGCCCUCCACCCCGCUCGCCUCGGGUGCAAGGAGCACCUCUCCGUCGGGACUGUUUGGAAGUAAUCGCUCGCGUCUCGCAGCCUCGGGCUCCGACUCGGACUCGGAUCUGGACUCGUCGUCGCCACUCUGCCGCCCGCGCGCAAGCACCCUCUCCAACGAGUCCAGCAACGACGCCAUUCUCCGCGCCGUGAUCGAAGACGCCGGCGACUCGCCGCACUCAUCCGAGAUUAGCAACAACGUGUCGGCCCCGGUCACUGCUGUACUCGCCACCUCGGCCAACCUCAGCCCGUCAGAGCUCCUCAAUGCCACAGACCACAUGAUUAUCCGCACCAACGAGGACAUGAUCGCCAUCUCCCGCGUCGCACGCUCCCUUCUCGACUCGACGGACAACCAGGCUGGCUCGUCGUCAUCCUCGUCGACAUCUUCGGGCGGCCUCGGUGUCUCGCUUCGCCGCCCGCUCGACAUUGCCAAGCUCCGCAAGGAGGCGGGUCUGCACUCGGUCUCAGACUCAAACCCGGUUGUCCUUCCGGCUUCCGAGUCUGCUGCCCGCUCCGCCAUGCCUCUCGCUCCGCACGAGUCGACAGACGUCUUUGCCGCUGCUUCAGAGGCCUCGGCUAGCAACUCGGGCAAAGACUCGUCAUCUGCCGUCUCCUCCAUCGGCAACACCGGCCACUUUGUUGGUGAGGCCAUCCAAGACAUCGCCACCGGCUCCGUCCGUGAAGACGUCGCUCCCGACGAUGGUGGCUGGUUUGGAGCAGAGGUCGGCCCUGGCCACGUCAUGACCGCCUCCCAGGCGGCCACCCGCGCACGCGCACGCUCACGCACACGCUCACGCUCACGCGCCUCCUCUCGUCGCCCCACCCACUCGCGGACCCAAUCUGCUACCUCAUCGCCGUCCAAGUAUCGCGCGCCUCGCGUCUCCACCGACGACGAGCUUACCGAGAUGGGCAACUCGCAAAAGUCUGCUGGCUCUGCUUCCAUUGCCCCGGUCUCGUCAACUUCGAGCUCGUCCACCUCGGCCGGCUCGGUCGACAACUCGCACCCUAUCCGCAUCGUCGCCAUUCCGUCGUCGCCAGCCACUGCCAUCAUGUCCACCCGCGCCCGCGCCGCAACUCUACUCAUGCGCGACGCUCAUCCCGGAACCUCGUUCUCGUCCGAUACCCACGACCUCAACACCUCGCCAACCGCAUACUCGGGUACCGUAACCAGCACCACAACCACGACCGUCACAAGCGAGACCCAUCACCAGAAGCACAAGAAGCGGAAGAAGAAGAAGAAGAAGAAGAAGCGCGUUCGCCGCUCAUCCUCCUUCGAAGUGCACGGCAACGAGCGCUCCACCUACUCGUCCCGCCGCCACUCGCCGGUCUCGUCGUCGUCGGCCUCGUCGUCCUCUUCCUCCGCUGGCUCCUCGCCUUCCUCGUCGCACACGGCCUCAGCCGCUGACAACUCGUCGGAACAACACCCUGACGUCAUCCGUGCCAGUCGCGACAACCGUCGCAAGUCCUCAGGCAUGCAUCGGUCGCAGUCGAUGGAGUACUCAUCGUCUAUCAUUCGCUCGCCCCGCGUCUCAGACUCUCACUCGGGCACCAUGUCGUCUGCAGAUGCCAUUCCCGAAGUCGACGAGCACUCGCACUCACGCUCACGCUCCCGAUCGGCCUCGCCCUCCUCGCCCUCGGCUUCGUCUCUCUCGACCUCCCGAUCGCCCUCGCCGUCGUCGUCCGGCUCCGUGGAAACACCAAACACCGCACGCCCGCCACCGCACGCCUCGGACUCGUCGUCCAACUCGUCGUCCCGCUCGCCACGUUGCUCCUCCUCAUCAUCAUCAUCGUCAUCGUCCGUCUCGCUCUCGGUCUCGCUCGCUCCCUGGGCAGAGACCAAUAAGAUGCCUGUCGUCCGCAACGGUCUCGAGCAACGCCGCCGCGCCUCCAUGACCGCCGCCGCCCUCGGCGCACACCGCCGCCGCUCGCUGGACAUGACCAACGCACCUGCCAUCAAGUCCCCCUUUCGCCAAGGCAACGGUCGCUCAUCCUCCUCUCGCACCAUCUCGCAGCGCAUCGCCGUCCGCAACGCCAAGCGCGCAGGCCUCCCGCCGCGCAGCGGCAAGUCGUCCACGCCCAAAAACAAGGACUCGCGCAACCACUUGUCGCUCGCCUCCGGCUCCACUUCUCGUCUGUCCCACCACAUCUCGGGUCACCGCAACUCGUCCCCCUUUGCUCGCCGCUCCAAGAUCAAGCGCUCGCGCUCGCAGGGUCCGUCCAAGCUCUUUGCCUCGUCCUCGCGCUCGCGCCACCGCUCGCCCUCGCCGGAAUCGUCGUCUUCGUCCUCGCUGCUCACUCCGGUCACGCCUUUUAUCCCCGACCUUGCCCAGCGCCGCGAAGCCCGUGCCCCAUCGCACUUUGCCACUGCGCCUACCAAUGACCAGGGCUUUGUCUCCUUCUCCGAGUCGGUCAUGGACGACUCGAGUGUCCUCCCCACUAUGACCAACUCGGGCUCGCGCUCCUCACUGGCGGACACCUCGGUCUCCAACGCUACUACCCAUGGCCGCUCGUCGUCGCGGACGCCUGCCCAGAUGGUCGGCCUCACCUCGUCACGCGGUGUCGAAGCCGUCGACGAGCCCAAGUCGCCCACUCGCCAACGUAGGCUUGCCCCGCUCCCGCUCCCACAACCGCUCCGAGACGUCAUCGCCCUGCCCAAGUCAGCGUCUGAGCCCUUGAGCCUCGACAGCAGCGCCGCCCCUUCGUCUCCAACUACUAUCACCAUCACCCAAGACCCGCUCACGGCCUCGUCAUCAUCAGCGGUCUCCGGCACCCACUCUGAUUCGUGCGACGAUGAGUCGCCCGUCCGCCGCCGGGCCCGGGCGCGGGGCAAGCGGCCUAACUACGCCCGCCACCAACUGGCCUCCCAUUCCAAGUCGUCGUCGGCCUCGUCCGGAAGCAGUUCACACUGCUCAGACCGCGGGCUCUCUCACGAGCGCCACUCGGGCCUCCGCAUCUCUGUCAACUCCAAAGUCAAGUCCAGGGCUCGAGCUGUCUCACGUGGCCCGAUCUCGCGCGAAACAAAGGGCCACGCUCCGAAGCCCCCGGGCGGCCACCUCGACGUCUCAGAUGACCGUCCGCGCUCCCGGUCGGUCACCGCCCAGACCUCGGGCUCCAGUACCCGCAACGCUUCAGCCUCGCCCGAGGAUCGCUUUGGCCGACGCGCUGAUGGAAAACGUGUACUCUCCGACGAGGGCCCUGGCGAUGCAGAUCUUGUGGUCCGCGCCAUAGCCGCCGCUCCACGUAACGCCGCAAGCAUCAGCUUCUCGCUCGCAGGCCGCAGUCGACCCAAAAUAUCGCCACGUGCUGACAACGAACGCACCGUCCGCCAGCAGCCGCGGACCGAGAACGAACUUCCUCUGGAGCUCAUUGAUGUCCUCCUUGAUGAGAUCUCGUCAGACUCUUUCUCCAACUCGUCGUCGUUCUCGCCCAAAGGCGCCUCGGUCGAUAUAUGGGACGCCAUCCGGCCGCGGGGUAUCGCCUCGUCCACGCACUCGCUUGUCGUCUCCUCGUCUGGCCCAGAUAGCGGCUCGGCAUCAGACAUCUCCUCAGUCUCGUCGUCGCCGCGCUUGCACCCGAAUCUACGCAACAGUCUCCGCGCCGCACACGCCGCCAACUCGUCGCCAAUGCUUUCCCAGCGGCAGCUCAGCAUUUCGCCGCCCACCAUCCGUACAAGAGGCAAAGGUGAGUCGGCAAAACAAGCAGCCCCGACGCUCCGCUCCACCCGACACACCACUGUCAUGCGUACCCAGGGCGGCAGCUCGUCGUCCUCGUCGUCGUCGUCAUCAUCGUCGUAUGGCUCAGCGUCGUCGUCGUCGUCGUGCAUCGGCAAGUCGCCGGCGUCGUACUCGGUGACGCCAACUACGCCUGACAUUGCGCCGCGGAGCCAGCACACCGCAACAGCGCCUGCCCCACUCGACAAGCUCGUCACCGAGUCGCUCCGCUCGCUGCGAAAGGGCGCCCAGCCGCACGCCGACGCAGUCGAGGCCUUUGCCUCGUUUGUCAACAAGUCCAACAACGGCUCGCCCGUCACCUACACGCCCGCCGCAUCGACGCCGCCGGUUUCUCACGCCAACGCCCACGCCCGCGCCCACGCCCAUGCCCAGCAGCCGCAAGCACACAUGCAGCAAGUGCACCGCGAGUCGCCCCCGAACCGACCUGCCUCGACCCCGGCCAAAUCGCAUGCGUCGCGUGGCUCCCCGCGAACAGCCCCGAGUCAGGCAAAGCCCCCGUCGCCUCGCCGGCGGACUGUGUCGCCUGCAGCCGCCUCCUACACUGUACCCGAAGCAGUGCCUCGCCCCGCCUCUGCCGCCACAGCUGAAGCUGUGCGUAUCGAGGCCAUGCUACAAGCGCAACGCGAGGAGAUGGCGUACAACCAAGGCGUGCUCGACGCGCAGCGCGCUAUGAUGACCAGCAUGGGUACAAGCAUGGGUAUGGCCAUGAGCAUGGGCGUGGGUUCAGUGACACGAUCGCCGAUGGGUGCUGCCUCAACCGGCAGCUCGCCGUUGUCGCAGUCGGCUGCACAGUCGCCCACUAGUACUGGCUCACGCCCGUCCUCGGCCGUGCGCAUGUCGCCGCGCCGGGUCACCGAUACCCCGCCGUCGCUCAACUCAUCGCUCUACUACAAGCCGAUGCCGUCGGCGCUUGGCUCGCCGCUCAUCACGCCGCUCACCCCCGCACCGCUGCAACUCUCGCCGUCACCCGCAGCAGGUUCCCGGCCGCUUGCCCACCUGGCAGUGUCGGCACCGGUGCACGCGCUCGACCAUCUGCGCAUGCCCUCUGGCAAGCUGCCUCCGCGUGCCUCCUCGUUUGACGAUGAGCACCUACGAGUCUUUGUUGGUUCACAUUCGACAUCGUCGUCGCCGUUGCCAGAGCCGUCACCGGAGCUACAGCCGGGCGCCCCAGGCCCAGCACCGACUCAGGCCCCUGCGCCGAUCCCCGCCUCAAGCCCGCAAGUUACCAUCCCGCCGGCCUCUGCCGUCUACGACGCUUACUCGGCCCGGGUAGAGAUGGCACGGCUGGCAGCGCAACGAGCAGAGCUCGAAGCCCGCCACGCCGCCAUCGUCCAGGCCCACCAGGACGAGAUGUCGCGGCUAGUCCUCGAGCGCUCUCGGGUUCAGGCUCACGUCCGCCUCACCCAGCAGCAGAACAUGUACCGCCACUACUAG